UUAAAGACGACAUUAUAUGCAUUGGAUGUAAUGUCUUCAAUAGGCAGGAUGGACUUGGUUCGAUAUCUACAUGAUAACAAUGUUGUGGCAUCAUCAAAUGCGAUGGACCAUGCUGCCACACUCGACAUCUUCAUCUUUCUCCAACAACAUCGAACCGAGGGUCAUACACUCUAUGCGUUGAGCAUAGCUGCGUCGCAUGGCCGCCUCCCAAUAGUUGAGCAUAUACUCAACACGGUCACGGACAAGGAGUUGGACUAUAAACUUGCGUUGAACCAGGCAGCUAUACAAGGACAUGUUGAUGUGUUGCGAUUCAUUCAUCAUGAUGGUAGCUAUGCCAAGCCGGGACUCAGGACUCUGUUCAGAAAUGAUGAUACCAUGGAUAUUGCAGCAAGGAAUGGCCAUCUCGAAGUUGUCAAGUACCUCCACGAUAAUGAAUAUGGGGGCUGCUCACAAGAUGCAAUGCACUUGGCAUCCAUCAAAGGCCAUUUGGAUAUCGUUCGAUUCCUACACGAGAACCGCACAGAAGGUUGCUACACGCAUACAAUGGACUUGGCGGCAAGGAAUGGACACUUGGACAUCGUAACCUAUCUCCACAACAACCGCACAGAAGGUUGCGGGUCAGAUGCCAUGGAGUUUGCAUCAAGAAAGGGACACCUGGGCGUGAUACGCUUUCUUCAUCAUCAUCGCACAGAGGGCUGCACAUUUGAAGCGAUAUAUAACGCAUCACUGAAAGGACAUUUGGAGAUUGUUCGCUUCCUGCAUGAGCACAGGACCGAGGGCUGCACUGAUGAUGCCAUGGAUUUUGCUGCUCUCAAUGGCCAUCUGGACAUUGUUCGAUACCUUCAUGAACAUAGGACUGAAGGAUGUACCCAUGAUGCCAUGGACUAUGCUGCCAUGUAUGGUCAUUUGGAUGUUGUUCGAUUCCUUCAUUACAACAGGACUGAAGGAUGCAGUGUGUAUGCCUUGAACAAUGCAGCGCGGUAUGGCUGGAUUGACAUUGUUAUGUUUCUGUUGGACAAUCGAACAGAGGGAUGCACUGUGAAGGCCAUGGACAAGGCUGCAAAGAAUGGACAUUUGGACAUUGUCAAGAUACUUCAUUCAAGAGGGAAGGAGUGCAGCCAGCUUGCCAUUGAAAAUGCGGCGCAGAAAGGACGUUUAGAAGUUGUCAAGUUCCUCAGAGAGAAUAGAACUGAGGGACACAUCCCCCAAGCCAUCUCCAUUGCAAAGUACAAUGGAUUUGAUAUGAUUGUUGAGUAUCUUUCCACGCCCCUACCCACACAAUCAUUAUUAUCAUCAUCAUCAUCAUUAAUGGAAGGAGCUACCAGUCUCAAGAGGCAAUUAUCA